UAACUGCACGAAAAAUGCAUUUUUGGUUUUCUUUAUUUGAUAAAGUUUAUAUAUAUUCUUAACAAUAUUCUCAAUAAUUGUUUAUCUCUGAUUAGAGGUAUCUAGUUUGAUUUUCGUAACGACAAAUUGAUUAAUCGUUUGCAAUUUUCAUUGUCCUAAAGCUUUUGUCCUAACGGUGACAACACUUUUCAAUCAUUGCUUUUCAGAUGAAACAACUUCAACAUUUGAUUCAGUGGCAUACUCUACGUCUUUAGAAAAUACGUCUUUACAAGAAUAUUGCAGAUUGAUUAAGCGGUACAGAAAUGUGCUGUUCAUGACUGACGACACGAUAGAGGCUAAGCAUUUCAUUUCCUGCUUCUCCCAUUGGCUCAAGACCAUGGACGAAAUUAGAGGCAAGACAAGUUUUAUUGCCAGCGUUGAAGAGAAUGAGAUUUGCACUGCUCAGGAACUUGUGAAACUGUUACGAGAAUAUGGAGCUUUGGUUGAGGUGAAUCGCGAGAGACCGAAGUGCUCAACAAUUAUUCUGAUCGACGUUGAUUUCAUCCUUAAUCGAAAAUUAUCUUCGGAUGUCUUUGUUUGGCUUGGAAAACGUGGAACAGAAGAACCCUUCUAUCUAAGCAAUGGCAUUGGAGUGAACAGUCAGCUUUACUAUUUGCAAAAUGACGUCAUCGUACUUGCAUAUGCAACAAAGACAAGCAUGGACCGAUUUGGGCAAGGAAUUCAUAGAUUUUUCAAGUUAAUUGAUCUCCCACCAACUAUGCCUGUUCUUCUGCAACGUUGGCUCCGACAAAAGGCAACACGAAAUUCAGAAAGCCGAUUAAACUUCAGGGAAAUUGAUAACUGGAGCUCCUGGAUAAGCGAUGUUUACAGAAGAUCUAGAAUCGAUCUUGAAAAGCUAGACAUUAAAUUGGAUAUGCCAGAUUGUCGUUAUUAUCUUGGGCUGUUUCUGUCUGCUCCUAUCAGUGAUUCAGCCGGCCUUAAAAGCUGGGCUGAAGACCUUUGGUUGCAUCACUUUCUGCCACAAGUCGAGAGUUCUGUGGAGGAGCAGGUUGCCGAGGCAACCAAUACUCAGCAGGACUUAUUGAUCCAAGUCGCUCUGAACGCAUUCUUAGAAGGAGCUUUUUUGCCGGGCUGCCCAUGCAAAUUAGAUAUCGGUUAAGUUAGGACUAAAUUUUUAGAUAUUUUAAUCGACUCUGCUAGACCUAAUGCUGUCUGACCAGGAGGAAUGUACUCAUAUUCCAGAGAUUUUGUCGGUGGUCGAAACAGGGAGAUUUGAUGCUUUCAUCAAAAGGAGGGACUUGAAAAUUUUAUAGAAGAAAUGACCUGUUGUUCUCUGAUUUCCCUGGUGCAAAUCAAGUCCUGUUUCGGAUGCCAACACUAUGUUACCUAGCAGUCCAGCCAUAUGAUACUCUGGGUACCAGAGCUUCAAUAAACCGGGGAUAAAGUAUUGUAGACCGCUUCGGUGGCAAAGAAGGAAGCUCAAAUAAUUAUUUCUGGAACUAAUUUCGAACUACAGUUUUCUCUCCAAUUAACGGACACUCUAAAAGGCGGACACCUCUGAUUAGCGGAAAAAAAAAUUUUCCCGAUCAUUUUCUGGUUAAAGUCUCAUAAAAAACUUUCUAAAAAGCGGACACUUAAUUAGCGGACACUCCAAUCAACGGAUAAUAUUGUUUGCACAAAAUAGUGAAUUUGGCUUUUUUCUUUCCAAUUAGCAGACAGUACAAAACAUUUAGGAGCCAGCGAACAAAAAAAUAAGACAAAUGAAUAUUUUUUCAAGUAUUCCGACAGAGGGCUUGGAGCUUCCGACAGGGGGGCUAAAAUGACUAAAAUAUGCAGUUUUCGUACGUUAUUUUGUCAAAUUUGCUCCAAAAAUAACCUAAAAUUGUCUUCGAUGGGGGGGGCUAAGUGCUUCCAACGGAGGGGCUAUAGCCCCUCUAGCCCUCCCUUGGCGCCGCCACUGAUUACACCUUUUAAAUACAAAACAAGGGUCUAUUUCAACUUUGAAACUUAUAUUGCAAAACUUUCCAAAAGGCGGACAUUUCCAAUUAGCGGACAACUUGCUCUGGUCCCGACAGUGUCCUCUAAAUAGAGAGAAUACUGUAUAUUUCUGCGGCUAAAUAAUGGAGACUCUGUCGCCCAGGGUAGCCAUAUGACUGUCUACUGACAAAAAUCUCUUCAUAUCCCCCUUCAACCCUUCUUAAGAUUUAUUGAAUUACUUAUCUUCAGUUUCAUUUUAAGCACUUGCUAUAAACUGCCGACUGAAUCAAAUAAAGUUUUAUCUUACUGUUCUUAUAUACAAAUUCACUUUUUCUAAAACGAAAUGUUUAGUCAAAGUUACGUUGCAAUUAGUUCUUGCAGUUAACAGCGUCAAAAGAUGUGUAAAUGAAAGAACCCUUGUUGUAAAAUAGUGCUGUACCAGAGCAUGCUACGUUUCUAGUUGAUAAGUAUGGAAAAACCACUGCCCCAGUUUUCAACUCUUUAUUAUUCAAAUCUAUUUGACACUUAAGGUGGUGGAAAGGGACACUGUGACUCCUGACAAACUCUAAAAGAACAUAUUGUACUUAACACAGAACGGCAAUUGUUGUACUUAACGACGUCGGAGAAUUUUCAUUCCACCUCCUGUCGCACCCCUUUCCGCCCUGUUCACCAUUCUAUCGACCCGAAUCAUGUUUGCUAGUUUGGUACAUAUUUCAACAGUUUUUUUGCCACUGUUAUCUUGCCUUAAAGCAGAAAAAUAAUAGGUGUUACUACCAACAUUAUAAAUUUUAUUCCCGUCCUUUCAAUAACUUUGUAACACACUCAGAGAGAUCAGCUACUUGGUUUGAAACUGGUGUGUUUACUGUCUUAUGUGUUAACUAUUUAAAAACUUGGUACCCUAUUCAGGCGCUGUUCACUUAAUCCGAACGAUACUUACAGACAUGGUAAAGGGGACGAAGAUGCAACCCCUUUGAUAGGAGGGUGAAAGUACCCUUGUCAUUUGUCUUCGCAAUUAUCAAGAACAUAUAUAUGAGUUUCCAACUUUAGUAAUUUUUUCAAAAACUUCUUCUUUUGACGACAACAUUUCUCAUCAUGCGUGAUUAUUUUGUAUCUGCUAGAAGUGAACCGUUCAUACGCUUAUCGGAAUGGAAAUAUCAUUUACAUAGCAGUAGAAGCUGCAAAUCACUGUUGCAAAUUUUUUCCUUAUCAUGAAGCUAAUAGCCAUGCCCCUGGACCGUGCCGGUGUCUUCAACGACUCUAGACCUCAAAGAUAUUCAUAAAGAAAUACCUAAAUAGAUUUUCAAUGUAAAGUGAGAAACAUAUUACUUUAUCCUCGGUGAGUAUUUAUAAUAAACAAAUUUAUAACAGUUUAGGUAUUGUGAUGUACAUGGUAAAAAUUUGCCUUAUCGAUUUCAUCCAGAAA